UAACAAAUACAUGACACAUAUCUACAAGAAAAAUGCGUAAAUGAAAAACAAAUAUUAAGAAUUUCACACGAACAAGAUGGGGGGUGAGAUAUGAAGCCAAUUCAAGUAUAAAAAUUAAAAAAAAAAAAAAAAAUUCUCCCAGUUAACUUCAUGACUUUGAGUAUGUUGAACUUAUUUAACGCGUUGUUUCAAUUUUUAAUUUGUUUGCUCGUUGUUUCAUCCGGUUUGGAAGUUGUUGUUGCACGUCGAUUACAUGUUAAAGACUUACAGUAUGAAAACACCCAAAAGAAAAUUGACAGUUACUCUUCUGGAAAAAUUCCAGAAAAUGCCCGAGUAAUAGCAGGUGCUGGUGGAUAUAGCCAAGAUGUCGAAGUAGGAAAUUAUAGUGAUGAUUCUGGAGCUGGAAAUCAUAGUGCUAAUGCUGAUCCGUGCAUAAGCCUGGCUUGUAGAAAUGACGGAAUGUGCGUUGUCGGUAGAAAUGGUGCCCAAUGCGUAUGCCGUACCCCAUAUAUCGGAAAAUGGUGUGAAACAGAUCCGUGUGCAGGAGUGAAUUGUAGAAAUGGCGGAAAGUGCGUUGUCGGUAGAAAUGGUGCACAAUGUGUAUGCGUUCCUCCAUACGUGGGAAGAUAUUGUGAAACAGGUAAAUAUACAGUCGCCUUUUAACGAAACUGAUAAGGUUUUAACAGAAUAUGAAAAUUCCAACUGCUCUUUUGAGUUUUAAAUAUGACAUAAAGAAAGAAAAAAAUACCUUGAUCGUUUAUAUAUAUCGAACCACCUUUAUUAGUUGCUAUGCAAAGAAGAUAUAUUUCAAAAAGAAACUUCCGACUUAUAUAUGACUCAACUUGAGUGAAAAUUCACUCAUUCGUCUG